UUCCUCUCUAUCACACAUCAGACUUUUCCCAGUGGAGCUGGAGAACAGGCUUCAAUGAAAACUGCCUGUUUGCAGCUAUAUGGAGAUUGCAGGCACCGCAAUUACUAUUUCCUCUCCCUGACCUGGAGCAGCAACUCCAUCAGCAGGAUAGAAAGGUAGCCUUGUUGCCUAGCAAAGGUGGGAUGAUUUAUCUGUGUGUCUAGAUUGGUCCCUUUGCUGCAAAGAGAAUUGCUUUCAGACUUCCAAGGAGAAUGAAGCCAGGCUAGAAUUCGGAGUGGAUGUGGGAGAGCUGCUCUCCCAGAGAGUAGAAAGAGCCACAGGGUCUCUGUGCUUUCUGUUCCUGUGCAGCCCAGGACAAUGGUUUUGUCUGCUCCAGUUAUAGCCCUGGGGGCUACCUUAGGGACUGCAACUAGCAUCCUUGCCCUCUGUGGCCUCACCUGCUUCUGCAAAUGCAAGCAACCUGGGAAAGGACUCUCAGAAAAGGACCAAGAGGACGAGACGGAAAAUACUAAGCCCAGUGUGCUUCAGCCAGUCCAGCAAUUCAACAUUAAGAAAACUGCAGAGCCAGUCCAGCCUCGAGCACUUCUGAAGUUUCCCAACAUUUAUGGCCCCAAACCAGAAGUAACUUCACCUGAAAUUGUUAACUACACGCAGUACUCUCUAAAGACAACAGAAGAAGCAGUUACUGGAAAACAUACUGCUUUGGAUGAGAAUAGGAUGAAGAUACAAGUCAAUGAGGAGUUGUUUGUUCUCCCUCAAAACGUUCCAGGUGUGGUCAAGGACGUGUGUGUCACGGAGCACCUGAAGCCCGAGCGGGCAGGCGGCGCGCAGCAGCCCCCCGAGCUGCACUACUCCCUGCUCUACGACCCACAGCGGGCCCAGCUGCGCGUGGCCCUCCUCCAAGCUAUGCAUGGCGGAAUGAGUGGGGACCAAGACACUGGCUGCCAUUGCUACAUACUGGGCACACUGGAGAGCAAGUCUGGCAUUGCUGAGGCCCAGACAGAGCUGAAGAAGAAGGUGCUUCACACCCUUUGGGAGGAGGUGCUGCAAUUCCCACUAACAGAAGAGGAGAUGCCAGGAGGAACACUGACUCUCACCCUGAGAAACUGUGACAAGUUCUCCAGGCACAGCAUUGUGGGGGAACUGAAACUGAACCUUGCUGAAAUGGAGGAAUCCUUUGGGAAGGCCCAGUGGGAAAGGCUGAAGAGCCCAGAGAAGGAGCCAUCCACGGGCCAUGGGGAGGUUCUGCUCUCUAUUAGCUACCUGCCAGCAGCCAAUCGCCUGCUGGUGGUGAUUAUUAAGGCUAAAAACCUCCAUUCCAAGCAGCUGAAAGAUCUGCUAGGAAGUGAUGUUUCUGUCAAGGUGACACUGAGGCAUCAGUCACUGAAGCUGAAGAAGAAGCAGACCAAACGUGCAAAACACAAGAUCAACCCUGUGUGGAAUGAGAUGAUCAUGUUUGAGGUGCCUCAUGAGCUCCUGCGUGCCUCCAGCGUGGAGCUGGAAAUGCUGAGCCAGGAUGGAGCUGGCCAGAGCCAUGUGCUUGGCAAGUGCAGUCUGGGCUUACACGUCACAGGAACAGAGAGAAACCACUGGGAAGAAAUGCUGAGGAACCCCAGGAAACAGAUAGCCAUGUGGCAUCAGCUCCACAUGUAGGCUCAUCGUGAUUACUGACAACAAGAUUCCCACCAGGCCUCAGAGCCUGGUGGAGUAAGCUGGAUUUCAUCUUCCACCUUCACCUCCAUGAAAUUGCUCAGCACAGCACUCUUACUACAGCACCCUUCUCUGAUCUUCCUGCCCAUGCUAGCCCAGGAAACUGCCGUGAAAAUGUAUUUAAAGGACAGGCUCUCACCUAAUCAAGUGGUUGUCCCAAACAAGGGGUUGGCUGCCUGGAUGGUUUGAAUUAGUUUUAUUUGCCUGCCCACUGUCUCUUCUGAGAGAUCUCCAUUUCUGUAGAGGAGCAGAGGGGAGGAAAGAAGAGCAAAGUUAUCAUGGAAAUAUAAGCCCUUUAUUGGCAUCUAAUGCUGUCACCCAAGUCCCUUGAUAAACGUUGGCUCCAUAAUCACAAACACGCAACUGUUUUAUCAAUCACUGCUUUUCAUAAUACUCCACAAGACUGAGAAAUGAAGAUCAGAAAAGUGACUGUCAUGGCAGGCACAAAGAAGCAGUAUGAGAAGGAGAGUGAAGCCAAAGUGCAGUAAAUGGAUACCUAGAAAAAUAUACAGAAUGAAGGGAGAGAACAGAGGAAGAAGAAAGGGAGAGACAGUCAAUACCCUCAUCCUGUGUAGCCUUUGAAGCAAACACUGCCGAGCAAGAAGUCAAUUACCUUCCUUUACUUUUGUUUCCUGGAGAGUUUGAUACCUUGUAUUUAAGGUUCAUGAAAACUGCUGAAAAUAUGAAUGUUUAGUUUAGCAGAAUACCUGUACCAUUUGUCUUUCUAUGAUGUCAUCCAGGAAAAUCCUAAAUAUGGACAAAAAGUUAUUGUUGAUUUUACCUCCUAAAACUUGGACCAAACCUUUCUGUUUACUGCCAUAUUUUCUGUUUGGGUUUAUCCCAAGUUUCAAAUAUGCUAAUUAUAUUCCAGACAACAUCUAAAAUUAGGCAAAAGAAGUGGGAUCAUUCCAUACUUUAGCAGCUGAUGGUUCUGGUUUGACAGUUAACUAUUGCACUUAAAUCCUCAUACCAGCAUUAUUCAAAGACAGCCCUUAUUAACUACCAUGUAUUUCAUCAUUUCCAGACAGAAGGAAUUCACCAACUAGACAGACUCUCCAGGGCUUGUUUUUGUGUGCACUUUCAAGAUUUGAUGUGGCUUAAAUGUUACUUUUAACUGUUGGGUUUUUUGUGUCUCUAGAUGGACUGAAAGUCUGGCAUUGGCAGUGAUAAUGUCAUGACCCUGUAAGCACACUGCUUGUCCUACUACUUUUUUUUUUUUUAAGUAGUAGACACGAUUUUAAGGGACUUCCAUGGGGACAAGGCAUCCAAAAAUCUGGAAACAGAACCAUAUAAUUUGUAGCCCUGAAAAUCUCAGAUUUUAAUUUUUGCAAGGUCAGAUUGCUUCUUGUUCAAAUCAAAACAUUAAGCUAAGUUUUAACUAGUAUCCAUCCCAUUUUGAUGGUGCAGUCAAAUAAGUCUAGCAGCUUGUCAAGGGAAGGCUGCCAUUCUGUUGGCAAAGAGAAAACAACAGAACCAGUGUCUGAAAACUGGCUGAAGCACCACCAUAAUGGUCAUGAACUGGGAAAUGAAGUUCAGCUGGAAGUCAGUAACUAGUGGUGACUGGGGCUGGUUGUGAGGCUGACAGAGUUUAGCACUUUCAUAAAUGACCUUGAGCAGGGCCUCUGCAGGUUUGUAGAUGAAGCUAAGCUUGGAGUAGUGAUUGAUACACAAGGCAGUUGUGCUGACAUUCAGAGGGAUGCUGACAGAAAUGCUGGAGAAAUGCUGGGCUAACAGGAACCUCCUGAAAUUCAACAAGGAGAAGUGGCACCUGAGGAAGAACAACGCCUUGCAGUGCAGGGGUGAAGGCUGACAAUCUGUAAAGGAGCUUUCCAGAAAAGGACCUGGGUGUCCUGGUGGGCACCAAGUUGAACAUGAGCCAGCAGUGUGGUCUUGCAGCAGAGAAGGACAACAGUGCCUCGUGCUGCGUUAAGCAAUGCCAGCAGGUCAAAGGAGGGGAAUCCUUCCUUUCAACUCAGUACCAGUGAGGACACUUCUGGAAUGCUGUGUCUGUUGCUGGACUCCCCAGGGCAAGAAAGAUAUGGAGAUUCUGGAAAGAGUGCAGCAAAUGGCCAUGAAGAUGUUUAAGGGACUGGUGCAUCUUCUGUAAGAGGAGAGUCUGAGAGAGCUGGAAUUGUUUACAUCAAUAUGUACAGAUACCUGACCUGGGAGAGGACAAAAGAAGAUGGAGACACUUUUCACUGGUGUCCAGUGACAAGACAAGAGUCAAGGUCACAAGUUGCAAUGUAGGUAAUUCCAUUUGAACACAUGAAAAAUACCAAGAAUAAACACCUUUUUUUUACUGUGAAUACAAUCAAAUACUAGAACAAGUUGGCAGAAGAGGUUGUUGAGGGUCCCCACGCUUGGAGACAGUGAAAAUUUGAUGAAAUACAGCAUGAACAACCUUCUCUAGUUUAUCCCACUUUGAGCAGGGGUGAGUUUGGACAAUAUGAUCUCCAGAGGCCCUUUAUAUCCUCAGCAAUGCUACGAUUCUGUGAAGAAACUGACAAGGUUGAUGCGUACUGAAAACUCUUAUCUUUACACUACUAUUUCUUUUGUGGGUGGUGUAGCCAGGAAUUACAGCAUCAUUUUGAAGAGAGCAAUAAAAUCAUCUUUGAGCAACCAGACAGACAGAAAAGCUAAGUAUGCCCAUGAACCUUACACCCAAUAUUUUAAUCUCUGAUAUUGAUCUAUUGGCUAGAGGGCAUGCAAACAAAAAAAAAAUUGGUUUCUUGUUUUGCUCUUCUUGUACAGGGUUUUGUUUACUAACAAAAAGCUGUAGGAUACUGUGAGUAACUGGACACAGGGGUCUACUUGAUAGUGAAUUCUUAAUGCUUACUGUGAUUCUGAUUUGCCUGUAGUUGUACCUAUAUGUCUGGAGUAAUCAUUUCCAUAUAAGUGCAGAAAUUAUUGGAAUGUUGGCCUAAUUCACAUAUAGGUUCCAGGCAGCACAGUGAUUUUUUGGAGGAUAAUGAUCAGAAGAAUAGCUUCACAUAAUGAUGCCAUUUGGCUGACAGUGGAAAGCCUGAAGGACCAAAUAUUUGCCUUGCUGCCAACUCCUCUAGUUCUGCAUCCUGCUUGUUUCACUGAGCCUUUUAUAACAUCUUGAUGAGUGAUUAUAUGAGCAUUAUCUGCCUGUGCCCUGGUGAUUCUGGCACACUCUCUAAUAGAUAUCAAUCGGUCCUAUGGCAUUUAAAAGCACAGAUCCUCAGA